UCGACCAUCGCUUUUUAUCCGACAGAAAAACACUCACAAUGGUUCACUGGAAGCGCGACCUUGACCUCUACACCAUCGGCCGGCCUCUGGAGAGGAACGCCGGCUUCUGGCUCGACUACAUGAAGGGCCUGAAGGGAGAGCCGGGACAGCCGUACAGCUACCCACUGUACCCGACAUACCCGCGCCGCUCACGGCCAUUUGUACCGCGGUACCCCACCGAGCCGUCCAACUGGGACCCAGCGCUGGACGAUCCGUACUUCUGGGAUCCGAUCGACGGCGUCGGCCUGCCGCACAGUCCCGAGUACGAUAAACUGCGGCACACCAUCGCCGCAGCGCGCAACCGUGUGCGCGACCGCCGCCUGCGGCCCUACUGCUGAACGGAAACCAUACGGCGUUCCGUCGCGACGGGGAGAAGGGAUGGAAGGGGACGGGGGUGCAGGGAUCGGUCUUUGGUGAUGAUCUAUCGACUCGACAGAGAGGCGAUAUGCAGCGUCACAGGCGGGUUAUUUGUUGUACUUGAAGAUAAGACUCUUUAGUCUUUAAUAGCCUUCUCUAUAGUGCGGUGAUGUUUUUUUUAUGUUUACGUCUGAUGGGUGUCUUGUCCAAUGUCCUUGCAAUGCUGCACGUACUGAAUAAAUUUUGUUUAAAAGCGUUUCCAGAAAAAAAAAAACAUUUUUAGUCAUCGUACGUCUAGCAACAGCCCUAAAAUUGUUGUAUAGAGCAAAGUGCAUUCAAUAUAUUACAUUUUCUUCUAGCGCUACAUGUCACCGUCUUGCGACCAUAUUUUAUUGAAAGGUGCUACAACAGGACACGCAAACAAAUCUGCUUAUUAUCGGGUAUGCAUACGUGACGUCUAACUAGGGCUGCGGAGUCGGAGUCAGAGUGGGAGUAGGUGUUGGAGUCGGUCAGAGUUGACAGGUCUGCCCAGAAUCGGUGUUAGUUUUCUAAGUCGGAUUCGGAGUCGUCGAAAAUCCAUCGACUCCGCAGCCCUGGAUCUCAGCAGGGGCACUCAUGACUGUUCAGACCCGGUGAUUUCCCCGCGUUUCCUCUUCUGUUCUUUGACGUUUGAGGAAACUUGGGCAUGUUUAAGAUGACUAAAAAAAAGAUGAAGCUCAAGUGUGAAUACAUAUAGACGAGUGGAGUGACAACGUCCAGUAUCCAAUCAGGGAUAGAAGUCACCACCGGACCUCUAGCUGAUCCUGAACUGGACGAAGAUGACGAUGUAGGUGACGAUGGUGGACAUGAUGGCCACCAUGGUGGAGCGCUGCAGCCGGUAGUAGCCCAGGUCGCCCAGGUGGUCCAGGUCGCGGUGCACGGCCUCCUGCAGAGCGCUGACCUCGCGACCGACCCGGGUCGACUCCCAGCGCAGCUUCAGCAGCGAACAGCGCGUGGCGGCGGCCAGGUCCAGCACGUACUGACCGGCCUCACACGGCACGGCGAUCUGGAGGCCAGCAGCCAGCAGCGAGUACAGCAUCGAGUGAUAGUUGGACAUCCACUCUCCGGUCAAGGUCGUCUGAAAUCCCAGCAGGAAUGUGAUCACCAGGCUGAUGACGCCCGUGGUCAUGGAGAGGAUCAGCUCGGGCGUCAUGUCGGUCACCAGGCGGGAGAAGGCGCCACUCAGUCGAUCGUGAAGCAGGCGAAGCCGCGCUAGCCGGUUCCAGUCCUUGAUGUCACCGUUUCUGGCCAGAGACUGAAGCUCGGUGUCCACUGCACCGAACCCAACACCGACAACCAGUGUGAUGUACAGAAAUUUGAUCAGUAUCGAGAACGUGGAAACUGCCAUGAUACUAGAAGUUGUAAACAGGAAUAUUCCAAUCAGACACUGUGAUGAUAAAUUCGCACAUGCCUGGCCAAAGCCAACCAUUAUCAUAAAAAAUAUCAGCACGCAUCCAAUCGCAACGAUAACAACCGCCACUCCCAGCAGGAGAGCAGCCUUUUUGCGUAGCUUCCCUCGAAUGGACUGUCUCGGUAUCUCCCGGGCCAGAUCUUCAGCCAGCUGCUGCACCUCUGGGAGAAGCGCAGCGUACCGCCGCCGCCCGCGGAUAACCGUCGCCGUAAUUGGCAGCAUCGGCAGUGCCUGCACGCAACCGAAGAAGUAAGAAGCGAACGCCGCUUCCAGAAUUCCGCUGCCGUUCCGCAUGUCGUUGACGCCGAGCUCCAUGAAGUAGGUGACGGACAUCACGCUAACGGUCGCCACCGUGACGUAGAGGAGUACGGCGUACAGACGGGCCAGCCACCCGGGACCGCCCAUCUGACUGACCCGUCACUCGCAGCAGAACGACCAAAGCCCGAUCAGCGACGGACGGCCAGACGGUCGGCGGUGCGAUCUCGGUCGAGCCGCUCUCAUCAUCGGGCGAAGUGCGGCUGCGGUCGGGUGAGACAUCCGCAGGCUCGGUCGAGACGAACAUGACCUCCACGUGGCCAACGGGCUGUACUACGGUCGGCAUCUCGUGAAAGAUAGUCGGACGCAUGUAUAGAUCACUGUGACGACGAAGCCUCCUUUGCCCUCGUCUUAUUUGUUGAUAGGCUCACAAUGAUAUCUGAAAUACAGGCUGAGAGAGAGAGAGAGAGAGAGAGAGAGAGAGAGAGAGAGA